AUGCUGUUCUGCCUCGUCUGGACAUGGCUAGCCAUAGUGGCGGGUGAUGAGAUCGCCCAGGGCUUGGCGUGGAGCUGGCCUGAGGGAUCCUUCUUGAGACUGGGUAAGAGCAGUCAACUGCUCUAUACGCACGCGGAGGUGAGUGCCGGGGUGGAGAUCUACGGCUUGGAGAUUGCCAUUCCCAACUACCAAUGUGUGGACACGACCAACAGCGAGGCCUCUUACAAUCUGACCUUGCGCUUUCCAAGCACGGGAGAUGUGGUGGAAGCUUUGCUGCACUUGGAGGCGGAGAAUGCCAGCCUGUUCCUGGGUCCUUCACUGGAGGAUGGCUAUGAACUCACCUUCGAGGGCCAACUGCUCCUGCGCCGCGCCCGACACGACGUGUCGCUGGGCGUCUCGGAGUCCACCACGGCAGCGGGCACAGGCGCCCGAGACUUCUGGUUGUCCUGGCAUUUCUCGCAGAAUACGGCCACGGUGCGCCUCUAUGGCGGUUCGCUCCCAGAGGACAACCAUUUGCUGCUCUCCUACUUCGAUCCGGUGCCCCCAUGGCAUUUGGAUGGCAUGCAGCUCUGGGCGGCCGGCUGGGGCACCUGGAGCCUCUGCCCGGCCGGCCGCGCACGACCCAGCUUGACGCCGUCGGUCCAUCAAAGAGCCAUGCUGAAGCUGGUGACCACCGAGGCACAGGCCUCCGACUGCGAAGCCCCAGUGGCGCUCCACGACGCGCCGGUACCGGGGGAGAGCGUUUGGCCAUUAGAUCUCAGCCUGGUGGGGGAGAACCGCUUGGCGAGCAACGCCAACUUCAGCUUCAUGCAAGGUGGCCGCUACAAGUUCUGCUACGCAGCUGAUGCGAGCAAUGAUUGCGUGUGCGUGGGGAACCUCUGCACUUGCAGUCGUUCCGGGGAGAUUUGCACUCCUUCGGCGCGAAGCUUUGGGAGCUGCAACCCUUUUGCGGGGGCAACGGGUGCCAGGAGUAGCGUUCUCUUCGUGGACCUCUGGGUGAUUGGCGUCUCCAGUGCCUGCCAGACGGAGGGCUGUUUGGAGCUGGAGCGCUGGGACUGCUUCUUCUCUCUGGGGACCACCAGUCGCGCGGCUUCCAGCUGCAUCUUAGACCUCCAGGCACGACCCACCUGGCAGCUCCAUGGUCCCACGGCCGCGUCCGCCGCCGCGGCCACGUGGGGCCCGCUCUUCGGGGCGGAUCUGCUGCAGAACGGCGCGCGGGUGGCGGAGACGCCGACCUUCUGUGGGGGGGUCCCCAGCGACUUCUUCGACACCAAUGUCUCGGUUGUCGAUCUUCAGGCGGCCUCCCCUGUGAUGCCUCCAGUGCGCGCUGACGUCUCGAUGGCAUUUACCGUGCCAUUGUGCUAUUGCUCAACCGCACCUUGUGCCGAAGUGGAGCACUUUGUACAGAGCUUUGGGCGCCUCUACAUGUGGGUGACCUACAUUUGCGACCGAGAUGACUCUUGUGAUGGGGUGAGCCCCAGCUAUGCACGUGUGCUUCCUGACCAACGCUUCGUGGUCAAGCUUCAAUGCCCUCCUGGUGGUGGAUGCAGCAGCGACGUCUCCAAUCAGCUCAAGUUCCUGGAGGCCACGGGGGCCCCAAGCCGCUCCAAUUGGGACCCCAGCAGCCGCUGCCGCGCGGCCGCUGCUGCGGAGGCCGCCCUCUCGGGCGGCGGCGUGCGGGUGGACUUCAAGCUUUGGCCCCAACGGGCGCAGCUCACAGCGCCGCUGCGGACGGACUUCCACGUGUGCUACUGCGAUGCUGGCUGUGAUGAGACCUGGAAUUGGCUACAAGUUGGCGUCCUGAAGACGGCCUUGGCCGUGGGACUGUCCUUUGAGAGUGCUUCGGCCCUUCGCUUUGCCCAGAAGCCAGGCACGCUCACGCUCUAUGCGGGGAUUGGCUCAGGGCCCUAUGUCUCAAACCGCUUUCAGGGUGCUGCACUCUUGAAGUUACUGACCUUGGACCAAGUGCAGGCCGGAGUGGUGAGCCUGGCUGAAGGCUAUGAGGUACAGAAGAGUGGCCGGGCUAAGCUGAUGGGUGGACUGCAGCAGGACUGCGGCCGCUCCGAUCAUCUCGUUGCCGAAGGCCGUGGGGAGACGUCCGAGCUCAGCCAACGCUUGAGCUUCCCAACUCUUCAGCUGCAGGCUGGAACGCUUGUGAUUUGCUACUGUGCGCAGCUGACGGACGAUGCGUGUACUGGAACAUGGUUCUACUUGGGCUUGUUGCAGGUGAGCGGGCCACAGCCGGGUCACCGCUGGGUGCUCCCGACCCGGCAGAAGGUGGGCCUACAGGACCUCCAAGGCUGGGGCUUCCGUGUGGAUGACCGUUUGCGCUUGCUGGACAAGGGCAGCAGCUGUAGCAGCGCCCCGAGCAGCAGCGCUUACAAGGUGGGUUGCAGCAGCAACAGCUCCUGCCGCGUGGCGCUGGAGGAUGAGACCAUCGAGGUUCGUGUGGCCAACAACCUGCUGUCUGGCGCCGAGCUCCUGGAGGUCCACGUGGAGUCGGAUUCCUCCAGCAUCCUGACCUUCAGCGCGCCCAUCGGGCACCUGCUGCAAGACGGAGAUGCCAUUUACUUGGAGCCUGAGAGCAUCCUCAUCGAUGGACGGGGCCUGAUCAGCAUGUCUGAGGACGAACAGUUUGACGCAAUGCUGCUGGCUGGUAUGGCCCAAUUUCAGGAUGAUCCUAGCAAGUUCUUCCUCCAACACUGGCACUACGUCCAAGUCCUAGCCGAGGAGGGCAGUUCGGACGAGUCCAAGCGGGUUCGGAUCCCGAUGGGCUGGGCAUCCGACGCCCGCCGCGCGUUCUCUUUCGUGCCGGGGCAGCUGCAGUGGUUUCGUGCCAACCGCCUCGACUCGGAGGAGACCGGAGCUGAAAGCAGAUAG